UUCUCCGGGACAGACAGUCAGACACCAUGAGCCUCAACGAGGAGCAGGUGCAGGAGUUCCUGGACCAGAACCCCAGCUUCGCGGACCAGUACUUUGGAAAGAAGCUGAGCCCCGAGAAUGUGGCCAGCGCCUGUGAGGACAGGUGCCCAGAGGGCGGUGCCAGCUUCCGAGAGCUGUGCCAGGUGGAGGAGAGCGCAGCCCUCUUCGAGCUGGUGCAGGACAUGCAGGAGAGCGUGAACAUGGAGCGCGUGGUCUUCAAGCUCCUGCGCCGGCUCUGCUCCAUCCUGCAGGCCGACCGCUGCAGCCUCUUCAUGUACCGGCAGCGCAACGGCACGGCCGAGCUCGCCACACGCCUCUUCAGCGUGCAGCCCGACAGCGUCCUAGAGGACUGCCUGGUGCCUGCGGACUCGGAGAUCGUCUUCCCACUGGACGUCGGGGUCGUGGGCCACGUGGCUCAGACCAAGAAGACGGUGAACGUCGAGGACGUGAGGGAGUGUCCCCACUUCAGCUCCUUUGCUGAUGAACUGACCGACUACGUGACAAGGAAUCUCCUGGCCACACCUGUCAUGAACGGCAAAGAUGUCGUGGCUGUGAUCAUGGCUGUGAACAAGCUCAACGGCCCGUGUUUCACAAGUGAAGACGAAGAUGUUUUCCUGAAGUAUCUGAACUUCGGCACCUUGAACCUGAAGAUCUACCACUUGAACUACCUCUACAACUGCGAGACGCGCCGAGGCCAGGUGCUGCUGUGGUCGGCCAACAAGGUGUUUGAGGAGCUGACAGACAUUGAGAGGCAGUUCCACAAGGCCUUCUACACUGUGCGGGCCUAUCUGAACUGCGACCGGUAUUCGGUAGGCCUUCUGGACAUGACCAAGGAGAAGGAAUUCUUUGAUGUGUGGCCUGUGCUGAUGGGAGAAGCCCAGCCCUACUCGGGCCCACGCACACCUGACGGCCGUGAAAUCCUCUUCUACAAGGUCAUCGACUACAUCCUCCACGGCAAGGAAGACAUCAAAGUCAUCCCCUCACCUCCGGCCGACCACUGGGCCCUUGCCAGUGGCCUUCCAACCUACGUGGCAGAAAGUGGCUUUAUCUGUAACAUUAUGAAUGCCCCGGCCGAGGAAAUGUUCAAAUUUCAGGAUGGGCCUCUGGACGACUCCGGGUGGACCAUCAAGAACGUCCUGUCCAUGCCCAUCGUCAACAAGAAGGAGGAGAUCGUGGGGGUUGCAACGUUUUACAACAGGAAGGAUGGGAAGCCCUUUGAUGAGCAGGACGAAGUCCUGAUGGAGUCUCUCACGCAGUUCCUGGGCUGGUCGGUGCUGAACACCGACACCUACGACAGAAUGAACAAGCUGGAGAACCGCAAGGACAUCGCCCAGGACAUGGUUCUGUACCACGUGAAGUGCGACAAGGAUGAAAUCCAGUCCAUUCUGCCAACAAGAGAGCGCUUUGGGAAGGAGCCUGCCGACUGCGAGGAGGACGAGCUGGGGAAACUCUUGAAGGAAGUGCUGCCAGGGCCCACUAAGUUUGACAUCUAUGAGUUCCACUUCUCCGACCUGGAGUGCACGGAGCUGGAGCUGGUCAAAUGCGGCAUCCAGAUGUACUAUGAGCUGGGCGUGGUUCGAAAGUUCCAGAUCCCGCAGGAGGUCCUGGUGCGGUUCCUGUUCUCCGUGAGCAAGGGGUACCGGAGAAUUACCUACCACAACUGGCGCCAUGGCUUCAACGUGGCUCAGACCAUGUUCACGCUGCUCAUGACAGGCAAACUGAAGAGCUACUACACGGACCUGGAGGCCUUCGCCAUGGUGACUGCCGGCCUGUGCCAUGACAUCGACCACCGGGGCACCAACAACCUGUACCAGAUGAAAUCUCAGAAUCCUUUAGCCAAGCUCCACGGCUCCUCGAUUUUGGAGCGACACCACCUGGAGUUCGGGAAGUUCCUGCUCUCCGAGGAGACGCUGAACAUCUACCAGAACCUGAACCGGCGGCAGCACGAGCACGUGAUGCACCUCAUGGACGUCGCCAUCAUCGCCACGGACCUGGCGCUCUACUUCAAGAAGAGGACAAUGUUCCAGAAGAUUGUGGACGAGUCCAAGAACUACGAGGACAGGAAGAGCUGGGUGGAGUACCUGUCCCUGGAGACGACGCGGAAGGAGAUAGUCAUGGCCAUGAUGAUGACGGCGUGUGACCUGUCUGCCAUCACCAAGCCCUGGGAAGUCCAGAGCAAGGUGGCUCUACUGGUGGCAGCUGAGUUCUGGGAACAAGGGGAUUUGGAAAGGACAGUUCUGGAUCAGCAGCCCAUUCCAAUGAUGGACCGGAACAAGGCGGCCGAGCUCCCCAAACUGCAGGUCGGCUUCAUCGACUUUGUGUGCACAUUCGUGUACAAGGAGUUUUCCCGCUUCCACGAGGAGAUCCUGCCCAUGUUCGACCGGCUGCAGAACAACCGGAAGGAGUGGAAGGCCCUGGCGGAUGAGUACGAGGCGAAGGUGAAGGCCCUGGAGGACGAGCAGCAGAAGGAGGAGGCGCGGACGGCGGCCAAGAAAGCUGGCACAGAAGUUUGCAAUGGCGGCCCAGCACCCAAGUCUUCCACCUGCUGCAUCCUGUGAGCUGGUCGACAGUGGGGUCCCCCAGCCCCCUCAUCCCAGUCCCCCACUGGGGCUCUGCCUCUAACCAGAGGUUAGAAAGCCUGAGAAAACGACCGAAGACAGUUUUGGAUAUUCUGAAUUUUUUAAACGUUUUGUGUUUUUAUGAAUUAAAGCCAACUACAAAUGA